AUGGCCACUAAAAAUAGGACAGAAGUAACUGAAUUUGUCUUGCUGGGCUUGUCCAGCAGGCCAGAAAUGCAGCCAGUUAUUUUUGGAAUAGUCCUUGCCAUGUACCUGGUGGCAGUUAUGGGCAAUGCCCUUCUAGUAACUGUUGCUUGUUCAGAUCCCAAACUUCAGACCCCAAUGUACUUCCUUCUCAGCCAGCUUUCCUUUAUUGACAUAUUUCUGACAACCAUCACUGUUCCUCAGAUGCUUGUGCACAUACUAUCUGUGAAUCGAACUAUUUCCUAUAACUGCUGUAUCACCCAACUGUUCUUCUUUAUGGCUGUGGGCAGCAUGGAAGGCCACUUGCUGGCUGCCAUGGCAUAUGACCGCUGUGUUGCCAUCUGUGACCCCUUAAGAUACUCUGCCAUUGUCAGCCAUCGCCUCUGUCUGCGCAUAACAUUGACCUCAUGGACAAUCGUCAGCCUUAACAGUCUUCUUUACAGUGUGUUAGUCACACACUUAACCUUCUGUGGCAACCAGGUCACCCACUUCUUCUGUGACAUCACUCCCCUGCUGCAGCUCUCCUGUACUCGACCAGUGGUCAAUGAAAUGCUGAUAUUCACAGAGGGUGUAGCUGUUGUGGUCAGCCCCUUCUUCUUUAUUUUGGGUUCUUAUGCCCGCAUUGGUAUUGCCAUAGCCCACAUGCGCUCAGUUGUUGCCCUGCGCAAAGCUCUGUCAACCUGUAGCUCCCACAUUUUGGUCGUGUUGCUCUUGUAUGGCUCUGUGAUUCGCAUGUACCUCCGGCCCUCCUCCAGCUAUGACUUGGAUCAGGAUCGUCAGGUUGCCAUCUUCUACACAGUGGUCACCCCUAUGCUAAAUCCACUGAUCUACAGCCUCAGAAACCAGGAAGUUCAAGGAGCUCUGCAAAGACUUUUUAGGAAACACUGGAUCUCAAGAAACUUCCAACCAGGCUCUCAGGCAAAUAGAGAAUGGCAACACAUCUCCUGA